CUAUAUAAAGGAGACAAAGAGAGAGUGUGAGGAGGUCAGGGAGGAGAGACAGAGAAAUGAAGAUGUACACAGUGAUGAUAACAGCCGCCCUGCUCUUGCUGAGCUGCCAUAGAGGUCACACCAUUGAGUGCUAUUCCUGUGAUUAUGGACUUUGCUUAGCCCCUUCUAAGGAUUCCUGCAGUUUUGGACAAGUCUGUGGCACAGAAACUGCAAAAGAUAACACUGGAUUUCUCAAUCUGAAGAAGAAAGGAUGUACAAGCCUUUCUGACUGCUUAUCUGAAUCCUCAGUGUCCUAUUUGGGCAUUACUGUGACUACCACACGCUCCUGCUGCAUUACAAGCCUCUGCAAUUCAGCUGCCACCCCAAAGGUGUCCAUAGUCACUGGGGUAGCUGCCAUUGUGGCUUUCCUGUUAACCAAGUUGUUUUAAGCCUGAACCAAGAAGAUGACUAUUUAAAAGGGAUCCUAUCAGGGUGGCUGUUACCGGGAAUUGCUGAGGCUCCCAUCCAGUUACCUUAGAUG